CCACACAGUGUGGUACAGUGCAGUGGACAGGAGGUGGUUGAGAAACGUGUUCAAUAAGUCAGGAAAGUCUCUCAGCUCUCAGUCAGAUGGAGGUAGACCAGGUGGUGCCUUUGCCAAGGUUGCCCCGGGUCGCUGUGUGUGGAGGUACCCAUGGCAACGAGCUGUCCGGUGUGUAUUUGGUGCGAGAGCUGCUGAAACUGCAGAGAGAAGUUAUGAAGAAAGAGCAAGAGGAGGACUCGAAGCCUGCGUUGGUGCUGCUGGUGCUGUCAAACCCGCGGGCAAUGCAGCAGUGUCGCCGAUACGUAGACACUGAUCUGAACCGCUGCUUUACCCACGCCACCCUCAAUGGUCCCCUCUCAGACAUGGCCCCCUAUGAGAUUAUCAGGUCCCGAGAGCUGAACGCCCUGCUAGGACCCAAGGGCAGUCCGGAGGCAGUGGAUCUGGUCUGCGACCUCCACAACACCACUGCCAACAUGGGCCUGUGCUUCAUCGGAUACUCUGACUGUGACUGGAUCUGCCUGCACAUAUUUAGACACCUGCAAAGGGAGAUGCCAGAUACACCAAUGAGAUUCCUACAUUUUGAUGUGUCCAACAAAGAGUCCUAUUCCCUUGAUUCAUUGGGAAAACAUGGCUUUGCCAUGGAGAUCGGCCCUCAGCCCCACGGCGUGGUGAGGUCAAACAUCUAUACAGCAAUGAAAGUGGGUGUCCAGCACAUGCUCGACUGGAUCCGCCUCUUUAACUCAGGUAAUGUGUUUGAGGGAGGAUUUGUGGACGUGUUCACCAUGGUUAAACACAUCGACUACCCGAGAGACAGCGAGACCCGCAAUAUCACAGCAGCCAUUCAUCCUUGUCUCCAGGACCGAGACUUCUGCCUGCUCCACCCUGAAGACCCGCUGUUCCAGACGUUCUCAGGAGAAACAGUGAGGUAUAAAGGCACUGAACCUCUCUAUCCUUUCUUCAUCAACGAAUGCGCUUACUACGAGAAGGGCAUCGCUCUCUCCCUGGCAAGAAAGAGGUGCAUCACGAUUCCUGCAAUCCGGGUGCAGACGGAGCAGGAGCAACAAGCUAAUGAGCAGGGAUUUGCAUCAGAAGAAGAGGAGUGAAGACGUUCCCAACA